AUGAAUCUAGUUCAACCAACCCCAGAAAUGCGCGUUCACAUCCGUGAAGAGCUCCGCGAGCCCGAAAGUGCUGAAGCUAUUGACAAGGAUGUUGCAUUGAUCCGUGAAUGGCUUGAAAUGCAACCUCAUCUACCUAAGGACAUGGAUGAUGCCCGCUUGCGUACUUUCUUGCGGGGAUGCAAAUUCAGCUUGGAGAAGGUCAAGAAGAAGUUGGAUAUGUACUACACCAUGAGAAAUGCUGUUCCUGAAUUUUUCGCUAAUCGGGAUAUUAAUCGGCCAGAGUUGAAGCGUGUUCUAGACUAUGUGCGCAUGCCAACCCUACCUGGCCUGACACCAAACGGACGUCGUGUAACGUUCCUCACUGCUAUCGACUGUGACUUCGAGUCCACCCAAGUUCCUGAUGCUAUGAAAGUCGGUCUCAUGAUUGGCGAUGUUCGUCUUUUGGAAGAACAAGUAGGCAUCGCAGGAGAUAUCUACGUAUUGGAUGCAGCCGUAGCCACUGCUGCUCACUUUGCCAAAUUUCCACCAACUACCAUUAAAAAAUUCUUGAUCGCCGUUCAAGAAGCAUAUCCAGUCAAAGUUAAGGAAGUGCACGUUAUUAACGUCAACCCUGUUGUCGAUACCAUUAUGAACUUCGUCAAACCAUUCGUCAAGGAGAAGAUCCGCAGCCGUAUUCAUUUCCAUAGCAAUGUUGAAAGCCUCUACAAGCACGUUCCUAAGGACAUGCUUCCCAAUGAAUACGGUGGCAAGGCCGGAACCUUGGUUGAAUUGAAUGAACAAUGGGCUGAAAAAUUAAAGGAAUACACUCCUUGGUUUAAGGCUCAAGAAGAGUCCAAGGCUAAUGAGUCCCUACGUCCGGGAUCACCAAAAACUGCUGAUGAUUUGUUCGGCAUGGAGGGAACUUUCCGACAAUUGUCCAUUGAUUAAAUUUAGCUAAAAUUUCAUGUUUCAUUAAUACCGACUAGCGAAAUGCUCAUUGAUAAGAUAAAUAAUUAUUUUAUAGCAAACAUAAGACCAAAAAUACUCAAAUUAUUACCGUGUUAGUAUUAUCAUUAAAAUGAAUAAACUCUCUCGGAUAGGCCUACAAAGUGAUCAGUUUUCUACGCCGACGUCAUUGUGAUAUUUCGACCGGUCAAUAUAUUUUUUAUAAUGAAUUGUUUGGGAAUAAAUUUUAUAUCUUUGUUUUAAA